UGGAAUAGUAACCGGGCACGGGCGGGCGCCUGAGGAGACAGCGCGCGCGGAGUUUCUGGGCACCUGAGCAGGAGGAAGGAGGGAUCCGGUGGGGAUUGGUUGCAAGCGGCAGAUGUGCCUGAGGAUUUAACCCGAGCUGGGACUUGCUGGCUGCCUUCGACGCCCAUGGCUUGGCACAGCGGGGCGGGGAGUGCCUAGCUCCGGGAUGCCCCAAACACUGAGCUCUACCAGCAUGUUUACUCCUUGUGGCUUCAGCCCUCAUCAUCUACAUCCAUCCAAAGAAGGUGAUGAAGGAGGGCUGAUAUUUCAAGAUGGAAACCUCACCUCAGCAUCUCUUGAUGCUUUAAUUCAGCAUCUUAUACCUACAGCUGACUACUACCCCGAGAAGGCCUAUAUCUUUACAUUCCUACUGAGCUCAAGACUCUUCAUUGAGCCUCAUGAACUUCUCUCCCGAGUUUGUCACAAGUGCAUCGAGCAGCAGCAGCUGGAUGACCCGGUGCUGGAUAAGGCACGAAUCAGAAAAUUUGGGCCCAAAAUACUACAGUUAUUGACGGAAUGGACAGAAACAUUUCCAUAUGAUUUUCAGGACGAAAAGAUGAUUGGCUGCUUAAAAGACAUUAUCCACAGGAUAGCUCCAUGUGAUGAGGCCUACUGGAAAAAGAUGAAUCAGCUUCUGCAAACCCUGAAUCAGAAGCUCGCAACUCUUAACCAUGGGCAGGAAGGGAUAGUCAAGAUCAACGCAGGUGUCUCAGACAAGGUGGUUGCUUUUAAAAGUAAGCCCCCAUCCAUUCAACGAGAAAUGAUGAGUGUCUGCAGUGAUCCCUACACCUUGGCCCAGCAGCUGACACAUGUGGAACUGGAAAGACUGGGUCACAUUGGACCUGAAGAAUUUGUUCAAGCAUUUGUCCAUAAAGAUCCUUUGGAAAGCACAAAGCCUUGUUUCAGUGAACAGAAAAAAACUAGCAACCUUGAGGCCUAUGUCAAAUGGUUCAAUAGACUCUGCUAUCUUGUAGCAACAGAAAUCUGCAUGCCUGCAAAAAAGAAGCAGAGAGCACAAGUCAUUGAGUUUUUCAUUGAUGUUGCUCGUGAGUGCUUUAACAUCGGGAAUUUUAACUCGCUGAUGGCAAUCAUAUCCGGUAUGAACAUGAGUCCAGUCUCCAGGUUAAAGAAGACUUGGUCAAAAGUGAAAACAGCCAAAUUUUUUAUUCUCGAGCAUCAAAUGGACCCUACAGGUAAUUUUUAUAACUACAGAACUGCAUUGCGGGGAGCUGCACAUCGGUCGCUAACAGCACACAGCAACAGGGAAAAGAUUGUGAUCCCGUUCUUCAGCCUACUGAUCAAAGACAUUUACUUUUUGAAUGAAGGAUGCGCCAACCGCCUUCCAAAUGGACAUGUCAACUUUGAAAAAUUCCUGGAACUGGCUAAGCAAGUAGGUGAAUUUAUAACAUGGAAACAAGUAGAAUGUCCAUUUGAGCGAGAUGAUAACAUCAUCCACUAUUUACAUACUGCGCCCAUCUUUACUGAAGAUGGUUUGUAUCUGGCUUCCUAUGAAAGUGAAAGUCCGGAAAACCAAACUGAAAAAGAGAGGUGGAAAACCUUGAGGUAUUAUUUCAUUUAUGUUGGGUCAUGAUCUUCUGAAGUGGAAAAUAGGUAGAUAUGGGCAUAGAGAGGGUGGCUACUGGAGUUUGCACACAUAGCUCAGCCAGUAGAGCAUGAGACUCUUAAUCUCAGGGUCAUGGAUUCGAGACCCAAGUUAGGCAAAAUAUUCCUGGUUGGACUAGAUGACUCUUGUGGUCCCUUUCAACUGUACAAUUCUAUGAUUCUGUGAACACAUACACAUACACAUACCGGUACACGUACACACAUGUAAUGGACGACUCCUUUUAAUGGGAGAACCCUUUUGGGAAGGGGCAACUGAUACUGGAGAAGUGGAGGAAGGAGGAGGGUGUACUACUGUGACACACACUUGUGUGUGUAGCUUGGCUCAAAGGCAGUAAUACCAUAAGAUACUUACUUUUGCCUUAAAGUACACUAAUGGCCAGAACACAAUCAUGGCUGCUUGGGUUCAGAUUGACCUUUGAACUAAGUCUCCAACACUUGAGAACCCUUAGGUAUUCUCUUCCACCCAAUUGUUACCAGUGAUUAUGUUGCAUUAUGCCGCUGGAGUUGCUGGUGUCGCUUAUACUGUACCAUAGAGACAGCUGUGCUAGUUUCUAUCCCUCACAAUAGAAUAAAAGGGCACAUCACAUGAAGCCUAGCUUUUAGACGAUGACUUACGUAGUUAAAUGGGAGCCGCUCUGCUGUGACAUACUGAUUCUAGAAUGAACAAGCUGAAUUAGAUUGAAGGGUCAGGACUAUUACCUUUUUUUAAAAAAAGUGCAUAGCAAUGCUCAUAAUAUGACUUAGUUAGAAAGCAUAAAUACAGAAAACUACACUAUUUAGUUUCUUUUUACUGCUACAAAUUUUAAGACUGAAAAUGCUGUUUGUGGCCACUUAUCUUUCCUAAAUGUCCUCACAAUACAUGGACGGAAAUAGCUGGAAGAUGCAUGUCUUUGUGUCUUAGAAACAUCUGAUAAUAUAUCAAAAUGCGAGUAAGAAAAGUGGUAACAUGGGGAGUGAUAGUUUCCUCUAUUGCUUGGUCAAUAAAGCAUCUUGCUUAAUAUGUGCCCCAGCAGUGUAGAUAUUCCAGAGGUUCUCCUGAGGUAAGGGCUACACCAGGCAUCCCCAAACUGCGGCCCUCCAGAUGUUUUGGCCUACAACUCCCAUGAUCCUUAGCUAACAGGACCAGUGGUCAGGGAUUAUGGGAAUUGUAGUCCAAAACAUCUGGAGGGCCGAAGUUUGGGGGUGCCUGGGCUACACCAUUUGACUUUCUCCUUUGCUCCUGUUACUUCCCUUGGGCAUUUGACAUAGCCAGUCAUCUAUCCAGUGCAGAACAGAAAACAUGGCUAUUCUGAAUUACUCUAUGCCACACUAACUUUCUUGCUCUUUCA